AUGUGCCUCACUCACCACAGGACCUGGAAUUAAGAGGAGGAAUCCCAGGCAAAUAAAAUGACAGAUCAGAUCACCGGGACCUUGGUUUUCACUGUCUUCACUGCCGUGCUGGGUUCCUUCCAGUUUGGAUAUGACAUUGGUGUGAUCAAUGCUCCUCAACAGAUAAUAAUAACCCAUUACAGACAUGUUUUGGAUGUUCCACUUACUGACCGAAAAGCUCUCAACAACAAUGCUAUCGACAGUACAGAAGAAAUGCCCAGAACCCCCUACCCAAUGUAUUCAACGCCAACCCCUCCACCUGAGGAAGAGUUUGUGGAAGAUUCCGGCCUCAUCACCAUGCUAUGGUCCCUGUCUGUGUCCAGCUUUGCAAUUGGUGGAAUGAUUGCAUCAUUCUUCGGUGGUUGGCUUGGGGACCGGCUUGGAAGAAUCAAAGCCAUGUUGCUAGCAAACAUUCUUUCAUUAGCUGGAGCUCUCUUGAUGGGAUUUUCGAAACUGGGACCAUCUCACAUUCUUAUCAUUUCAGGAAGAGCUGUAUCAGGACUCUACUGUGGGCUAAUUUCAGGCCUGGUUCCAAUGUACAUUGGUGAAAUUGCUCCAACCACACUCAGGGGUGCUAUUGGCGCUCUUCACCAGCUGGCCAUUGUCACGGGCAUUCUUAUUAGUCAGAUUGUUGGCCUUGACUUCAUCCUGGGCAAUCAUGAGCUGUGGCACAUCCUGCUUGGUCUGUCGGCCGUGCCAGCUAUCCUCCAGUCUCUGCUGCUCUUCUUCUGUCCAGAAAGUCCCAGAUACCUUUACAUCAAAUUGGAUGAGGAAAACAAAGCAAAGAAAAGUUUGAAAAGACUCAGAGGAGGUGUUGAUGUCACCAAAGACAUCGCUGAGAUGAGAAAAGAAAGGGAAGAAGCAUCAAGUGAACAGAAAGUCUCCAUAAUUCAGCUCUUCACCAAUUCCAGCUACCGACAGCCUAUUUUUGUGGCGUUGAUGCUGCACAUGGCUCAGCAGUUUUCUGGAAUCAAUGGGAUAUUUUACUACUCAACCAGCAUUUUUCAGACGGCUGGACUCAGCCAACCUGUUUAUGCAACCAUUGGAGUUGGUGCCAUCAACACAGUUUUUACUGCUCUUUCUGUGUUCCUCGUGGAGAAGGCAGGUCGACGCUCUCUGUUUCUGAUUGGAAUGAGCGGGAUGUUUGUCUGUGCCAUCUUCAUGUCUGUGGGACUUGUGCUACUGAACAAAUUCGCUUGGAUGAGUUACGUGAGCAUGGUAGCCAUCUUCCUCUUUGUCAGCUUCUUUGAAAUUGGGCCCGGCCCCAUCCCCUGGUUCAUGGUGGCUGAAUUUUUCAGCCAAGGACCACGCCCUGCGGCUUUAGCGAUAGCGGCAUUCAGCAACUGGACCUGCAAUUUCAUCGUCGCUCUGUGCUUCCCCUAUGUCGCGGACUUCUGUGGACCUUAUGUGUUCUUCCUCUUCGCGGGAGUGGUCUUGGCCUUUACUCUGUUUACGUAUUUCAAGGUUCCAGAAACCAAAGGAAAGUCCUUCGAGGAAAUCGCGGCAGAAUUCCGAAAGAGGGGUGGCGCAGCCCGCCCCCCGAAGGCUGCCACGGAAAUGAAAUUCCUUGGAGCUGCGGAGACUGCGUAG